AACGCGCAGUCGCUUGCCACUGGGAGCUGGAGUAUAAGGUGCGUUGUCACAACUCCUGGUCUUCAGCAUAGACGUCGUGAGGUUUCUCUCUUUUUUUCACCCUUUUCCCCUCGCGCGGGGUAGCUGUACUCUGCGGAUAAGGUUGUCUAUCCCCAACACACAGGCUUGACCCCGCGUUUUCUCUCAACGGGGCCAACGAGGCUUCCUGCGAGGGCGAUAUCAUGCGCCUCUAUCUCCUGCCCAUCUCCACGCGGCGCACGCUUCUGUACUGCCAGAAACUCAACGCCCCGGCUUCAGAAAAGCAGACUUGGUCGGACUGGCUCCAGGCCAAGGCCUCGCGCACCUGGUCCGGCUGGGAGCAGAAGGAAAGCGGCUGGCAGAAGUCGGUCGUCAGCUACGGGAACCAGGUACUCCGCCGUAUCCCCUACGAAGAAUGGGGUCUCAAAUCGGUGCCGCCAUUGUCGCAGCGGCGGAAGCAGGUGGAGUUGAAGGGCACAGAAAAGGUCGAGGUGGUAUAUCCAAAGAGCCUCAUCACUAUGGACCGAGUGCCCAAGAUCCUGCGCAUGCUGGCGACGGAGAGAGAGGCAUUGCAUAAGCGGAGGCUCAUCUGGUGUUUUAUUGGCAUGCCAAUAACGGCCCCCAUUGCGCUUCUUCCUGUGGUUCCGAACCUCCCGUUCUUUUAUCUGGUCUACAGGGCCUGGUCUCACUGGAGAGCCCUUUCCGGCGGCAAGCACAUACAGUUUCUACUAGACAGCAAUCUCCUCGCCCCGACGCCAUCCCCCGUCGUUGAUGAGGUAUACAGCGAGCACACAGAUCCACUGCUCUCCACCCCCCAGGCGACCACCGACUUUGCCCAGGACCCCGUAGGGAAUCCAGGUCCAUCGCCCUCGCCGAAUGGGUCCCGUGAUCCGGGCGGGGAGACGAUGCUCCUUUCACAAGCCAAGGGCAAGAAGAUGACGCAGCGGCUCGACCUGCCCCAGCUCGAAGUUGAGCUUGAGAGGGCCAUAUGGCAGGUUGAGGCGGCUAUGAAGAAGCGCAACGGCGAGAUUGCCGCCGAGAAGUCCCAAGAGGCAACGAGCGAAGGCGAGAAGAAGUCGCAGUGACUGUUGAAGACCGGCAUGAUGUAUGAUAACGCAGUACCGUUCGACACGGAGGUACAUGGCGGCCAGGAACGUUAGAUGGGGCGGGCGAUACAGGGCAUGGCAGGCGUUUCUAGAUUCGGAUGGGCUGGGCAUGACU